AUCUGAGUUUCUCUUUCCUCUCUCCAAUGGCGUAGCCUGUAAGCAACAAUGAACAGGAAUCUCAGAGAGUCUGUUAUCGGUGGGAGGAAUACUCCGGCGGCGAUCUCACAGUUUCGCAGAGGCAAUUCUCAAAACGGUUGCUUCUCUAGAGAUUCCGAUGAGAAUCUUGAUCUCUUCUCUAAGAUCCGUCGCUCUUUCCCCUUGUCUUCCUCCGACCAUUUACCCGACGUUUCUGCGAAACUAGGGAGGCUCUCUGUCGGAUCCAAACCAACUGCUAAAGGCAAAGGUGGUGAUGAUCUCUUGUCAUCAGCUGAAGUAGACAAAAAUGAUUAUGACUGGCUGCUUACUCCUCCUGGAACACCUCUUGGGAACGAUUCUCAUUCAUCUUUGGCACCUCCAAAGGUUACAUCUUCCGCUAGAGCUAGUUCUGCUUCAAAGACAUCAAGGCUUUCGGUUUCACAGUCAGAGACCAGUUACCAUCCCUCACGUCCUGCUAGAAGUAGCUCACUGACUCGCCCAUCCGUUUCUAACUCAGGCCGUUUACCAUCUUCCAUCCUGAACACUAGCUCAGCUUCAGUCUCAUCCUACAUCAGACCUUCAUCCCCUAGCUCCCGUUCCUCAUCUUCAGCUAGAACUCCCACUCCCACUCGUACUACUUCCCUCUCACGUGCCUCGACUCCAUCAAGAAUCCGUCCAGUGUCAUCCACUUCAUCUCUGGACAAGACCAGACCCUCCCUAGUCUCAAGACCAUCUACUCCAACUUCUAGAACACAGUCAAACUCACCAAACGUAGUUUCUUCCAGACCAAACUCUCGCCCUUCAACCCCUACGCGUCGAAACACAUCCACCUCAGCAACAAAUGGUCGUACCGCACCUUCAUUGUCUAGGCCAAGCUCUCCUGGACAACCUAGAGUCCGAACCACCACCACCACCAACACACAACAGCCAAUUGUGCUACCAGACUUCUCUCUUGAUGCACCACCUAACCUCAGAACAAGUCUCCCGGGAAGACCGAUAUCAGCUGGCAGGUCUAGGCCUGUUGCAGCAAAGGCAAGUCCAGAACCCAAAGGUCCCAUGACGAGAAGGAACUCAUCUCCUGUUGUGACGAGAGGAAGACUCAUAGAGAGCCAAGGAAAAGGCCGUUUGAGUGGUAAUGGACAGCAACAUAACAUAUAUGCACCAGAGCCGAGAAGGAUUUCAAAUGUUUCAGAGGUAACUUCACGGAGAACCGUGAGGACUUCUUCAACUGUGAUGGACAAUAACAACGGGCUUGGGAGGUCAUUAUCAAAAAGUUCACUUGAUAUGGCCAUUAAGCACAUGGACAUAAGAAACGGGAAGAGUAACGGUUGCGCACUAUCAAGCACGACGUUGUUCCCUCAGAGCAUCAGACAAGCCUCGUCCAAGAUACAGCCAAUCCGUUCAGUGAAUAGCCUUUCGGAUUCUAUCAGCAGCAACAGCGCAGAGAACGGGAACGAAACAAACGAGGGAAGAAGACUGAUGGGGAAGUCGAGCGAUAUGAAUAUGUAUGAGAGCUCAAGGUAUGACGCGUUUCUGUUGAAAGAAGACGUGAAGAACACAAACUGGUUGCAUAGCAUUGAUGAUAGGUCGUCAGAACAUGGACUCAUGUUUGAUAAUGGAGGUUUCGAGCUGCUCCCUGAGCCUUUUGCCCCACUAUAACAAUACACACACCGCAAGUAAACAACUUAUUUUUCUUUCUAAAACCACUUCUCUUUAUCUUUCCUACACUGCUUGUUUGCUUGUUUAAUGGUGUGGAAAGAGACAGACUAAUAUGUAAGGCUCUAGUGGUUUGUAACUUUGUGGUUCUUGAGUGGGGGGUGGGGGGCGCUCAAGUUCCCUCUUCUUGGAACUUAUCAUGUAAAGGAUCUUGAUUCUUGAAGAAAACAAUUAGCAUGUGAAAGAGGAAAGAAAGGUACUUCACA